UGUUCGGAUGGUAGACAUUGAAGCGAAGGGAAGCAUAAACAUCAUGCAGACGGGAUCGACCGGGACCGAGAAGCGCAAGGUGACACCGAUAAGUAGCUAAGGUUGCGCCAUUUUCGAGUAGCUAUCCAGUGUGACCCCUGCAAAGUUGACAGAGGUGAGCAACGAGAAAUGAGCUUACCAGUUGCCCUUUCCGCCGCCAUCCUUCUUGGUCUUCUUGGGGUCAGUGUCGGUGAAGCCGGACUUGGCGAAGAACUUGGGAAGAUGCUCGGGUUGGGCAGCGGUACCGUCGGCGACACCGACGUGGUCGCGAUCGUUGUGCUUGUGAGAGCGAGUCAUCUCGAGGUUGAUUGUCCUGGAAUAGUUCGUGAGCUUCGUUCGUUGGGGGAAGGCGGCGGAUCAACAGCUAAAGUAGCAGUGACGUCCGACGCUCCGUCACAGCUCCACUCGCAUGCCGCUCGGAUGGGGUAGCCAGAUGGCAGUGUAAGGUAGCGGAUACUCACAAUUGCUAGAUGCUUUGGUGAUUUGUAUGAGUGGAAGGAGGGUUGG